CUCUCUUCCACACAUCAAACUAGAGAAAAAUUGUGCUGGUUAGAGCCAAGUUACAAACAGAAUUUAGUUGCUCCUUGAUUUUUUUCAGUGUGUUCAUUGGUUUGAUUAGCACUGGAAGUAUGUCAGAUCAAGGUGCCCCUGAGCAGCUGGCUGCAGGAAAGAGCCAGGGAGGAGUUGGGGUGUCCUACAAGAUUGUUUUGUAUGAGUACGAGAACUUCCAGGGAAAGAAAGCAGAGCUGUCUGCAGAGUGUAAAGAUGUUAAUGAGAAGAAUCUGGAAAAAGUUGGCUCAGUUGUGGUGGAUUCUGGACCAUGGGUGGCAUUUGACCAGCAUGGCUUUGCAGGGGAGCAGUUUGUUUUGGAGAAAGGAGAAUAUCCUCGUUGGACCACCUGGACUAACAGCCAGAACAGCUAUUGUCUAUUAUCUCUCAGACCACUAAGAGUGGAUGGUGCAGAUCACAAACUACAUCUGUUUGAGAAUGGAGGCUUUACUGGGAGAAAGAUGGAAAUUAUUGAUGAUGAUGUUCCAAGUCUGUGGGCUCAUGGUUUUCAGGAUCGUGUGGCCAGUGUGAAAGCACUGAAUGGAACGUGGGUGGGCUACAUGUACCCUGGUUACCGGGGACAGCAGUAUGUGUUUGAACAUGGUGACUACAAGCACUGGAAUGACUGGGGAGCUACAAUGCCACAGGUGCAGUCUGUGCGGCGUGUACGAGACAUGCAGUGGCACAAACGAGGAUGCUUCACUGCUCUUGAGCCUACUCCUAAUCCUAAUCCUAACCCUAUCCCUAACCCAACACCUCCUCCCCCAGCCCCACCAGCUGCAGCUGCCAGCAGCUGAAGGAGAUCAUGCAGCUCCUUCCAUGGUAACUGCCUUUGCUCAAAUGGCUGCUAAGAAAACACAAAAAAAUUAAAUAACUGCCAUUUUCCUUGUCUAUCUGUUACUUAAAAU